AUGAAGAAGUUCUUCCAGGAGAUCAAGGCAGACAUCAAGUUCAAAAGCGCGGGGCCCGGUCAGAAGCUUACAGAGUCGGUGGGGGAGAAGGCCCCCAAAGACAAGCCCAGCCAACCAGCUCUCAAGCAGCCCCGUCAGGGCCCCACCAAUGAGGCGCAGAUGGCGGCGGCGGCGGCCUUGGCCCGCCUGGAGCAGAAGCAGCCCCGGGGCCGAGGCCCUAUAUCACAGGAUUCCAUCCGGAACCAGGUGAGGAAGGAACUUCAAGCAGAAGCGACCGCCAGUGGGAGCCCAGAGUCCCCAGGGACCAAUGUGGUCUCUGAGCCUAGAGAGGAAGGCUCAGCCCACCUGGCCGUGCCCGGAGUGUAUUUCACCUGUCCGCUCACGGGGGCCACCCUGAGGAAGGACCAGCGGGAUGCCCACAUCAAAGAGGCUAUUCUCUCGCACUUCUCCACAGACCCAGUGGCCGCCUCCAUCAUGAAGAUCCACACAUUCAACAAAGACCGGGACCGAGUAAAGCUGGGUGUGGACACCAUUGCUAAGUACCUGGACAACAUCCACCUGCACCCCGAGGAGGAGAAGUACCGGAAGAUCAAGCUGCAGAACAAGGUGUUCCAGGAGCGCAUUCACUGUCUAGAAGGGGCCCACGAGUUCUUUGAGGCCAUCGGAUUCCAGAAGGUGAUGCUUCCGGUUCCCGACCAGGAUGACCUUGAGGAAUUCUACGUGCUGGGCGAGGCGGCCCAGGCGCAGCCGCAGAGCCUGGAGAGACACAAGGAGCAGCUGCUGGGUGCUGAGCCCAUUCGCGCCAGGCUAGACCGCCAGUGCCGCGUCUUCCAGCCCUCGCCCCUGGCCACCCAGUUUGACCUGCCCAAGGACUUCUUUACCCUGACAGCAGAGGAGAUCCGACGAGAGCAGAGGCUCAGGGCCGACACGGUGGAGCGGCUGAGCGUGCUGCGGACCAAAGCCAUGAGGGACAAAGAGGAGCAGCGGGAGAUGCGCAAGUACACCUACACUCUGCUGCGCGUGCGCCUGCCCGACGGCUGCCUGCUGCAGGGGACCUUCUAUGCCCGGGAGCGAAUGUCCGCGCUGUUUGCCUUCGUGCGGGAGGCCCUACAGAGCGACUGGCUGCCUUUUGAGCUGCUGGCCUUGGGUGGGCAGAAGCUGUCGGAGGACGAGAACCUACCCUUAAACGAGUGUGGGCUGGUGCCCUCGGCCCUCCUGACCUUCGCGUGGGACGCUGCUGUCCUGGAGGAUAUGAAGGCUGCGGGCGCCGAGCCGGACUCAUGGGUCCUGAAACCCGAGUUCCGAUCGGCCAUGGAGAAGCUCACGUGA